GAUUGCGCGGCUGAGCGAAAUCGCAGUUUAGGCGAGUACUGCGGACUGUCUGUCUAGGUGCGCACAAUAUUGAGUGUAGGAAACGGUGGUAGGUUCUGCAUCGUAGAGGACCACUUUUUCAUCGAGUGAUGGCCCUGGAAGUUAGACCCUGCCCCAACGGGCCCCUGUACGUCGACUUCGACGGCUUGCGACUCAACAAGCGUUUUUCGCCGACAGUGGUGCGGGAUGCCCUGCGUUACAAUGCUACGGCGAGCGACAAGUUCCUGUUGUCGUACCCAAAGUGCGGGACCCACUGGGCACAGCAGAUCGCUUAUCUCAUCGACCAUCGGGGUGUCCCGCCCGCCGACACUCUGCAGCUUCAUAUGUACGGACCUUCGCUAGAGAAGUUCGGUGCCGAGACGCUGGCAGAGCUUCCCAACAGAGGUUUGAUUCGCACCCACUUACCAUACGACUUCGUGCCCAAGCAUCCGCAGGCCAAGUACGUGUACGUGUGCCGAAACCCAAAGGACGUCUGCGUGUCCUUCUUCUACCACACGAAAGCGCUACCGGAGUGUGACUUCGUGAAUGGCAAGUUCGAAGACUUCUUCGAGAUUUUCCUUGAAGGCAAAACUGACUUUAGUGACUACUUUGAGCAUGUGCUACCGUGGUACGAACGCCGGGGAGAUGACAACGUGCUGUUCCUGAACUACGAGGACAUGAAGAGCGACCCCAGAAAACACGUGCUCGAGAUGGCUGCGUUCAUGAACAGAGAGCGCUACGACGAGCUUCUGCAGAACGAAAGCAUGCUGGCAGAUGUGCUCAAAUUCAGCAGUGCCGGGUACAUGAAAAACCCGGGUUCUGGUGGUCCCAGGCCACAAUCGAAAAAUUGCAGUUCGAAGGCCGACGUCCCGAAGGUAAUGCGGCAGCUGUUUGAAACGCCGGGUUCAAUACGGCAAGUCAGUGGUGUUGUUCGUUCUGGGCGCAUGGGUGGUUGGAAAGAGCACUUCACGCCAAAUAUGAACGAAAGGAUGGAAAGGAAAAUACGCGAGAAGUUUUCGCAAACUGAUCUCGUUUCUCUCUGGAGGCACUAUGGCGUUCUUUAACAAAUUUUUAGCUCUUUGUUCACUUUCUCUUGGUUGUGAACAAAGCAAUAUCAUUUGUGCAGUUUACUUCGUUCAGUCUUUUUUCUGUGCGAUUAUGUUCCAUUGCAUAAAGAAAAUACACAAAAGACUUUCUCAAACUUAUGCUUGACUUUGCGGGGCAUUAUCACAUGUUUUUUGCGCAUUUCUCUGUCUUUAAUUUUGGUCUUUACAUUUCUUUGUAAAUAAAGACGAAACAUUUCUGA